UUGAGUACGUCAACGCAGACUCACAGCGUGGAAUCAGAAGACGAAAUUGAGACUGAGUAGUGAAAGAGAAGUUUGGACGUUAGAUUAUCCGUACUUGUAACUGCAGUUGUAGUUUUUAUUUCCCUGUGCUUUCUUAAUCAUUCACCAUUCCGUCAUUAAUCAGAGCUAGAAUCAACGGGUGGGAAGCUUCUCGUCAGGGAAGGCUCGCCAUAGAGUUUUCACAAGUCCCUGAGGGUCCUUUCCUGUUUGAGGAGUGUAACUGUGAGGACGGACCACCUUGGGGUGAAAGCUGAGACUGACAUUAGCAGUUUUCUUGGUCUAGCCAUACUCUGACUGAAUAUUUGUGCAACAUUUCUAAAGAAAUCUGAAUAACUUGGUACAAACAUUUUGCUGUAUCAAAAGAGGAACAUGAAGCCUCGAACAAACCAGCAGAUCAGAAGAACUGCAACUAACAAAUCUAUCUUGGAAUAUGUAAAGAAUAUUACCGAUCAAAUGGAUUCAGAAGAACCUUUUUAUGUCUUCGACAUGUCUGAUAUUGUUCACAAGUACAAAAUGUGGAAGUACAAAAUGCCUCGGGUACGACCGUUUUAUGCCGUGAAGUGCAAUGACAAUCCAUUACUGUUGGAAUUACUUGCUGUACUAGGACUGAAUUUUGAUUGUGCCAACAAAAAAGAAAUACAGUCAGUUCUGGGCAUAGGAGUGGACGCUUCACGUAUUAUAUAUGGCAACCCAUGUAAAACCCGUUCCUUCAUCAAACAUGCUGCUGCAGUUGGGAUUGACCUUUUGACAUUCGAUAAUGAAUCGGAACUUUAUAAGAUCAAAGCCCUUCAUCCUGCAGCUCAGCUAGUGCUCCGUAUCUAUGUGGAAAACAGUGGGUUUGUGUGUCAGCUUGGCACGAAGUUUGGGUGUGAUCCAAAGAGUGCCGAACAUCUCUUAUAUGUUGCUCAGGAAUUAGGACUUGACGUUGUAGGAGUAAGCUUCCAUGUUGGCAGUAAUUGUAUGGAUAAAACCAAGUAUGGCAAAGCCAUACAGUGUGCUCGUCAAGUUUUUGACAGGGCUAUCAGCAUGAACUUCAACAUGACUCUUUUGGAUAUAGGAGGAGGUUUUCCAGGGUCUGCAGAAGAGAACGUUGAUUUUGAUGAGAUUGCCUGUGUGGUGAAUGAAGCUCUGGAAGAAUAUUUUCCACUUGAUGUUGGGGUUGAUGUUAUUGCAGAACCAGGUCGUUACUUCACAACAUCUGCCUUCAGUCUUUGUGCCAACAUUAUUGCCAAAAGAGAAGCAGUAGCUCCACACGAUGGAGAUCCUCUAAUAACAUAUUACCUCAAUGAUGGUGUCUAUGGAUCAUUUAGCUGUUUGAUGUUUGACCAAGCUGAAAUAAAACCACUGCAUUUAAUGGACAGUGCUGAUUAUGCAGAAGUGUGCUGUAGUUUGUGGGGACCUACUUGUGAUAAGUUGGAUCAAAUUGUGAAAAAGUGUAGCCUUCCUGUUCUGACAGUUGGAGACUGGCUAAUGUUUGAAAAUAUGGGUGCUUACAACAUGACUUUAGCAUCCAAUUUUGAUAAUUUUCAGAAACUGUCAGUUAAGACUAUACUAUCAAUAGGGACAUGUGAGUUUUUGCGAGAACUUCCAGGGUGGUGGCAUCUAGCACAAGCUCUUGAAGCCAACAUUGAACAUGUGCAAGUAGAGAAGGACGGCAAAUUACAUGAUGCCUUAAAUUUUAAUGUUCUUCAGCAGUUUUCUGUUAAAGAUCUGGUGACAGCCUAGACAGACAUCCAUUUUGGACCGGGUUCAGCUCUGGAGUAAAUCAGGAAAUACAUUACUCUUAUUUGAACAGAUAUUUAAUCCGUUAACCUCAUCUUAUAAGCUUACCUUAUUUGAUAGUAUUAAAACAGUUACAUUCCGCUUGCACCAUCUUUGAAUGUUUUGGUUUAUGACAUUUUUUUCAUUGUAUGUUGUUAUUUGAGAAAAUUGUUUUAAAUUAUGUAUUUCAUUUUUUAUAGAAAGAUGAUUUUAAGCACUUCAGGUUUAUAUAUAAGAUAAGUAGCUUUCUGAAUCAGCUGUGUUAAGCGGGAGCUGAAAUUUAAUAUUUUAUGGAUUUAGAAGAAUUUUUCAUAUUUGGUCUGGGACCUAUUUUCAGACUUUUUGUGAAUCAGUUUUUAUUUUUCUUUAUAAUGAGACAAUAACAGUAUACAUUCUCAUGAAUAUCCAGAGUAAUUUUUAGUUAAGAUUUGGUUACUAUUUGGUAGAGCUGUAAAGCUGCAGCUCAUUUAACAGUAUGGCUAGACCAAGGCUUAUUUUAUGUAUCUAUGUGUACCCUAAAAAUCAAAUGAAAUAAAAAUGUGUUCCAAAACACUUUA